CCAAAGAACUGGCUUCUGUUCCUUGUUCUUGUAUAAAGAAAUGGUUGAAGUGAUUAGUAUUUCGAUUGAGAACUGGUUAUCAUCACCAGUUCUUUUUUUUUUAUAAGAAUUCGGUUCAGUAGUAUAAUUAAAUGACUGUGGUGAAUGGUUUUAUUUUUAGAUUAGUUUUGAUGGCAGUUUUUUCUGAAUUCAAGCGUUGUUCAGUUAUGAAGUGUUGAGAUUGUAUUCGGUUUUUGUUAUUUUAAACAAAGUAUUAGCGAGUUAUUAUGCAGAUUUGUUUCGAGUGAAGUAUUGCACAGCGUUGGAUUUUGAACAAGGAAGUGGAACGAUUAUUCUAAUUACUUGAGUUCUAUGAUCGAGACAUGUCAAGGAUGUGAUGGCGACUUUUAGAAAAUGCUGUUUAAUUAAUUUGAUGUUUUUGAAUGUUAAAUGAUGUUGUGAAGGACUGUAUCGAAAGUGAUGACAUUUUACAUCUUUAGCUGUUGAGCUUCGGAAUCCAGGGGAUUCUUAUCAAAGGCUGCCACAUUGGAUGUUUGUAACAAACCUAUUUUGAUGAUAUUCAAGUAUCAAAUAGAUUAUGAAUUGAUUUUUAAUAUUCAUAAAUCAAUGGUUCAUGAAAUAGAGCUUUCGUUAUAAAUUGAAGGGCUUUAGAUGAUAAGCGGUAUUGUUUUUUGAAGAUUUCAUAAAUUAGAUUCUUUCAAGUGGGUAUAUGAUGUUGAUAAAUAAACAAAAAAUUAUCCAACAUAGUAUACAUUACAUUGGCUUAUGGUUUCACAGGAGAAGAGGGAAAUAAUACGGAGGAAAUCCAAUAUGAACGGAAUGAAAUUUAGACUAAUCAAUAGCUUUAAAUAUUUUUUUUAUGAACAGGUUUAUCAAUGUGAUACAAGAAGUAAUUCAAAUUUACGUAAACAUCUGGCAAGUUUGUCUCAUCAAAUACCAAAUGUUUUAUAUGCUUCCCAAACGAAUGAUGAUAAGAAGUUUCAAGUUCCAAUGAUAUCACCUGAACGCAAACGAGAGCUGCACACGGCUGCUGUUAAUUGUGUACUACGUGAUGGCCUUCCAUUUGGAGUAUUUCGACGGCCCGGCAUGAGCCAAUUUCUUCAAACAGCUGUUCCUGGAUAUGUUGGACCACAUAGAAAAACAGUUCGAAAAAGAAUUGCAGCAUUAUAUUCAUCAUAUACCAGUAAAAUUCGUGUUGUUUUAUCUAAAAUUGAUUUUAUUGCACUGACAUGUGAUUUAUGGAGAAGUUCGAAACGAGUAUAUUAUAUUAGUCUUACUGGUCAUGUUUUCACAAGUCAAUAUGAAACUGUGCCACUGGUUCUCGGUUGCCGCCGAGUUAUUGGCCGCCAUUUAUCAAUAACAAUUGAAUGA